CCAGCGUCACCACGUUAGCGGCAAGUGGCUAAUGGGAAGCUGAGUGUUAGCAACGAGUGGAAAGCAAAUAUUUCAACUGGGGUUUUUUUUGUUUUUUUUUUUUUUAAGUUCGGCUUCGGCAAUAACGCGCCUCGAGCUGAGCCAACAUGCCUCCGAAGAAGCCGGCUCCGGCCCCGGGCAAUAAAAAAACGCAAGAGAAGAAGAAGGAAAAGAUUAUUGAGGACAAAACAUUUGGCCUGAAGAACAAGAAAGGAGCCAAACAGCAGAAGUUCAUCAAGAACGUCACGCAGCAGGUCAAAUAUGGACAGCAGAACGCGCGACAGGUGGCUCAGGCCGAGGCCGAUAAGACCAACAAGAAGAUGGACAAGAAGAAGGAGUUGGACGAGCUCAACGAGCUCUUCAGGCCCGUCGUUGCCGCCCAGAAAGUCAACAAAGGUGUGGACCCCAAGUCGGUGCUGUGCGCCUUCUACAAGCAGGGCCAGUGCACCAAAGGGGACAAGUGCAAGUUCAGCCACGACAUGUCCAUGGAGAGGAAGUGCGAGAAGAGGAGCGUCUACGUGGACGAAAGGGACGAAGAGCUGGAGAAAGACACCAUGGACAACUGGGACGAGAAGAAACUGGAGGAGGUGGUCAACAAGAAGCACGGCGAGGCCGAGAAGAAGAAAGCCAAAACUCAAAUUGUGUGCAAGUUCUUCCUGGACGCCAUCGAGAACAACAAGUACGGCUGGUUCUGGGUCUGCCCGGGAGGGGGCGGCGAGUGCAUGUACCGGCACGCCCUGCCGCCGGGUUUCGUGCUGAAGAAGGACAAGAAGAAGGAGGAGAAGGACCAGGAGAUCUCCAUGGAGGAGCUGAUCGAGAGCGAGCGAGCAGCGCUCGGUCCCAGCGUGACCCGCAUCACCUUGGAGACGUUCCUGGCGUGGAAGAAGCGGAAAAGGCAGGAGAAGGUGGACAAAGCCAGAGAGGAGAUGGAGAAGAAGAAGGCCGACUUCAAGGCCGGGAAGUCGCUGGUGGUGAGCGGCCGCGAGGUUUUCGAGUUCCGGCCCGAGCUGGUGGACGACGACGACGACGAGGCCGACGACACUCGAUACGCCGACAAGGAAGAUGAGGACGAUCGGGAAAUGACGGACGCCGCGGAGGUCCAGGACAUAGACCUGUCCCGCUUCGUCCCGCAAGAAGUGGACCACACGGGAAUCACGGUGGCGGCCGUGGACCGCUUCACCUCCAGGAGUAAAAGUCAGAUGAAGGACCAGGACAAGGAACUAAACGGAGCGUGCGGCGGCUCCGACGCGAACGGGCCGUCGGGGGCCGAGGGGGGCGGGGAGGCCGGAGGAGGAGGAGAAGAGGACGACGACGACGACAAGGACGUCCCGGUGGACGAGAACUUGUUCACCGGGGAAGAUCUGGAGGAGCUGGACGAGGAGCUCAACACGCUGGCGCUGGACGACUGAGCGGGACGCGGCGGCGACGUAAAAAGGACCGACCGACCGACCGACUGACGGACGGACGGAUGCAUGGACACGGAAGUUUGAAAUUUAAGUCAUAGAGACUCUGUAAUAAAACCUUGGUGUAAUCGUUA